AUGAACGGCCUCCGGCGUGCCUGGCUGCUGGCCUGGCCUCGCCUCCGGGGCCGGCCGCUUCCAGGGCCCGUGUGCGGGAGGUGGAGGAGCAGCAGCAGCGCGUUGCCUGGGCGGCCCGCAGCCGACGGACGACGGCGCUGGGAGGCGGCGGUUAUAGCGGCGCAGGAGGAGCAGGAGGAGUUCGUCUUCCCCGAGUAUCUCCGUGAGGAGCCCGCCGCCGCCGCCGCCGCAUCCGCCAGGAAGCAGCGGGCGCCCGAGGAGGAAAACGCGCCGCCCCGGGGAGCCGAGGACGAGCUCGAGCCGGAGCGGGCUCGGGGCGACCGGCGGCGACCGAAGCAGCAGCUCCAAGAACGGCGCGGGAAGCCCGCAGGGCAGGGCCACAAAGUGGCGGGGCGGCCGGACCCUUCGGUGCCGUCGAGCGGCGUGAGCUGCUCGGGUUGUGGCGCGGAGUUGCACUGCCGGGACCCUGCCGUGCCCGGGUACCUGCCCAGCGAGAAAUACCUCAGCCUGGUAGGGCCUAAAGAGCCGCCGCCGCCGCCGCCGCCGCCGCCGGAGGAGGAGGAGGAGGCGGCGGAAGGCAGCGACGGGCUGAGGCAGGGGCAGCCGCGGGACCCCGCCAGGGAGCGGCCCAGCCGCGAGCAGCAGGCGCUGGAGGGGGCCGUGUGCCAGCGCUGCUGGCUCCUCGUGCAUCACCAGCGGGCUCUGCGGGUGCAGAUGUCCCGGGAAGACUACCGCAGCCUGGUGAGCACCGCCCUGCGCCGCCCUCCUCGCCACGGCCGCCCACCCCUGGUGCUCUGCAUGGUGGAUGUGCUGGACCUGCCGGACUCGCUCGUGCCCGGCUUGCCCGAGCUGGUGGGCAGCCAGGCCCACGUCUUCGUGCUGGGCAACAAGGUGGACAUGCUGCCCGGAGACUCCGUCCGAUAUCUGAAGCGCCUCCAAGAGCAGCUGCUGGAGAUCUGCGCCCGUGCUGGCCUCGUAGACAUGAGCCGGGCCAGCACCAGCACCAGCCGGCGUGUGGUUGACGUGCACCUCAUCAGUGCCAAGACCGGCUAUGGGGUGGAAGAGCUGAUCUCCAAGUUGCAGCGCUCCUGGAAAUUCAAUGGGGAUGUGUACCUCGUGGGAGCCACCAACACUGGGAAGUCUACCCUCUUCAAUACCCUCUUGUACUCAGACUACUGCAAGUCCAGAGCCUCCGAUGCAAUCAACAGGGCAACCAUCUCUCCUUGGCCAGGAACUACCUUGAACCUUCUGAAAUUUCCAAUUAUUAAUCCUACGCCUUACAGAAUAUUCCAGAGGAAAGCAAGAUUAAUAGAAGAUGCAGCAAAAACAGAGGAAGAUCUCAGUGAACAUGAACAGAAACAGCUUACUAUGCUCAAAAAGCAAAGCUACUUAAUAGGCAGAAUUGGAAGAACAUUUCAACAACCCAAAAAGCUAGAAAAAAAUUAUGAAAUAGAGUUUGAUGCUGAAGCAUUGUCUUUUAGUACUGAGGAAGAUCCUUCCCUUCCAUCCAGAACUGCUACCAAGAAAGUGGAACUCACAUACAAUGAAGUGAAAGAUGCUCGCUGGUUUUAUGACACUCCAGGGAUUGUAAAAGAUGGCUGUGUUUUAAACCUCCUCAAUGAAAAAGAAAUCAAACUUGUCUUGCCAACCUGUGCCAUUGUUCCAAGGACAUUUAUACUUAAGCCUGGGAUGACCCUGUUUCUGGGUGCAUUGGGGCGCAUAGAUUAUUUACAGGGGGACCAGCCCUCCUGGUUUUCUGUUGUGGCGUCUAAUUUGUUGCCUGUGCACAUCACUAUAGUAGAAAAAGCAGAUGCUGUCUAUCAAAAGCAUGCGGGUCAAACAUUACUGAAGGUUCCUAUGGGAGGUGAAGAACGAAUGAAAGAUUUCCCAUCACUUGUUCCACAGGAUGUGAUGUUGGAAGGAAUUGGUGAAGACGAGGCAGUGGCUGACAUAAAGCUUUCAUCUGCUGGUUGGGUUGCAGUUACAGCUCAUUCAAGCAACAAAAUGCAUCUUAGAUGCUAUACUCCUGAAGGGACAAUGCUGACAGUACGUAAACCACCUCUGUUGCCACACGUCAUUCACAUCAAAGGGCGCCGUAUGAGAGGAAGUUCAGCCUAUCAGACUAAAAGACCACCUGCCUUGGUGAAGAAUUUAAAAGUAAAUGGAAAUCAGAAAAAAGGCCUGAUGUGUAAGAAGUUGUAAAUAAUGGAAGUUCCCAAUCUAACAUUUACUCAAAAAUAGGACACUGUUAUUUGCCCUAAACUGAUUUUUAUUGUACUUUAAAAAAAAAAAAAGUUUUGAGAUUUGAAAUUAUAAUGGCCAUGUAGCAUUGAAAAUUGGAAUAUUGUGCUGCAAUCUGCAAUACUAUUUAUGUGUUCCAUGCCCUGUUUUUGGCACAUUAGGUUGGACUCUUUUCCAAUUGAUUUCUUUAUUUUAGUCAAUUAAUAUUGUCAAAAAAGGGAGGGUGAUCUCUGUUUCAACUCCAGUGUGUACUGAGCAUUAGCAGAGCAAUGUAUCAAUGCCUGUAAGAUAUAGAUAAAUUUCUGUUUAUUGCCAUGCAAGUCCAUCGUGAAAACGAGGAGGGCGAUGUUUGUUGGAUCUAUGAAAGUUUAUAGAGAUCAGCAACUUUGAUUCUGUCAUCAGGUAUUACCUGUAAUAACAGUGAAAUGCUGUUAAAUAAAUGACAUUUACGUACUGCGCUUUGAGAUUCAAGUGCCUUCUAAAAUGCCAGACCCCACCCCUUGCUGCCACCUGCAGACAGCCAAAAUAAAAACACAGCUAUCAAGCAGAGGAAGCCAGCGUCCAGGCAGCUGUCGAAUGGAAUCUGGUAAGCUACUUAAGAAAUGGACUAACAGGAGAGAAAUCCAAGGACAGGAAGGACUGCAGGAAAUGAAACCCAGGACUAUAUACCAAAAGGGCUUCUGUUUCAUAUUUGAAUUUGUUACAGAGAGGCCAUUCUGCUUGUGUGAGACCUGCAAGUUGGAGAACUCCCAGCCACUCGUGAUUAUCCAUUACUACUGAAGUAAAGUGUGGAGCAGUAUUGUGUUAAUAUUGUGAAUCAAGAAAUGAAGAAUUGUCAACCAGGUGGGUAAAAGGCAAAAAUUGAGCGGCUAUAUUUGGGUGUGUGUGUGUUUUAUUGAAAAUGAUCCCUCAGUUAUUAGGGCCUAAUAAAAACUGACUUCAAAAAGAAUGUAUUUUACUAGUAUAUACUGUAUGUUUGUAGCAUACUCUAACUAGGUGGGAUCACAAGAUGAAUUAAUGCAUCUCACCCUCCCACAAAAACAGACUGGAAUUAUAUAGUACUUGAGGUCAAACAGAUCAUGAAACUCUCUCUGGUGCCCAAUGGAUUUUGCCUAUUACCCAUAGAUAAACACAGGCCACAGCUAGACCUAAGGUUUAUCCUGGGCUCAUCCAGGGUUCGCCCCUGCCUGAGCACUGGAUCCCCUGUGUGUCACCUAGAUGAACUGGUUUGACCCCAGGAUAAACCUUAGGUCUAGCUAUGGCCACAGUUUUAAAUCUGCUGAUUGAAAGCUUUAAAACCGAUUACAGAUAACUGCAGUCUACAUGCUUCUAAUUGUGAAAGGCUUGGGAUGAGCUGCUGCUAGUCUAAAGCUUUUAGCUCUUUCUGUCUUGAGAAAUAAGGGACAAGAUAAAUCUUAAUACCACUCCUGUUUCUCCUGUUCCAGCAUCUUGUGGAGUUGGAAGUAUGCAUAAUGCACCUGGGAAAGGGAGUAUUUGUUUCAUUUAUAAGACCAUUUCUAGACCAGGUUUGGGCCUGAAACAAUGCCUCCCAAAGCAGCUUACAAUACACUAAAACAAAAUAAUUGUGCAUUAAAACUAAUAUUUAAACAUUAGGAGCAAAAUUGAAAAGCAAAGACAGUGGGAAAAUGAACUUCAAUAUUCUAAUUAAACAAUUGAAAAGGCAAAGUAUAAAUGCUUUUACUGUCCAUGUGGUAUUAUCUGUGUGCCUUUGACUUGUAUGCCUCUAGACUACUGUAUGUUGAACCAAUUAAGAAUGAUAGUGCAGAUGAUUUAAAGCAUGAACACAUCCAGACAGGGCCUCCUGUUGUAUCUAGAAUAAAGGCUUCUGUCCUAAAUGUCUGAGAAUGGAUUUGCAUCUUUUCCCAAAUUUUCUAUUUGAAAAAUCAUUUUGAUUCUCUAGAAAGGAAUGAGAAGCCUUUAACCCUCUAAUGCUGGAGCCUACAACUCCCAUGAUCCUUCACCAUUGGCUAUGUUGGUUGGGGCUGAUGGAAGUUGUAGGCCAAAACAUCUUGAGGGCCCCAAGUUGUCCAUUCUUGCUCUAGGACAAUAGUUUCCACCUACCACCUCUGCAGUCCAGGGAAUUCACAAGAGGGUAGUUAGUAGUUGAAGCAUGUUUUUUACAGCUUCAUAACUCAGGCUCUUCCUAAAUACACUAUAUAGCUCAGAGAAUACAGAAUCUCAGCUUAGUGUAUUUAGGAAGAGACGAAAAGAUGAAGCUGUAAAAAACACGCUUCAACUAGUAACUACCUCUUGUGAGUUCCCUAGGUAGUCCUAGUUAAGCCUCGGGAGGUAAAAAUACUGCCUUACUUUACAGACUUGUGGUAAGAAUAAAAUAAUGUAUCUAAAGCACUUUAAAAAUGAAAGUGCUAUAUAAAUGCUAAGUAUUUUAUUAAUCAACUAGCUAGGUAACAAGUGUGCUCUUGAUAUUCUGACAUAUUCUAGUCUAGUGCAGCUAAGAAACAUUUUAGGUUAAGGGUUCAAAUGGGCUUGAUUCUCAGCGGCUGUAACAAGCAGGGGAACUGACCAGGUUUAGUCCCAGGUUUUCCAGCUCCACAUAAAGCAGAUGCAAGUCACAUGAAUUAUUUUAGAGCAGAGAUAGGAAACAUACUGCCCACAGGCACCCCCAGACACCUUUCUUGUUGCCCUCUGAGACACACUUCUCCUAAAUGUUAUUUUUAAAAUGUUUAAAUAUUUUCUUACUGGCAACUGGGAUUGCUUCAAAGCGGAGUGGGAGCCUUUGGUUGCUUCCAUUUUAAUUUCCCAUGAUUGCCACUGUGCAUUUGCUCGUGUUUUGUGACUAGGGGCAGAUCUACACCUAGCAGGAUAUAGCACUAUGAAAGCAGUACAUGAGGCAGGAGCCACACCAAGCAGGAUAUAGCACUAUGAAAGCGGUAUAUGGUAUGUCUCAAUGGGCCCCAACAGUUGUCAGUGCACUUCAAUACCACUAUAAAGCAGUCGUGUGGCUCCUGCCUUUUAUAUACCGUUUUCAUACUGCUAUAUCUUGCUUGGUGUUGAUCUGGCCUACCUACGCCCACCUAUAACAGCCACUUUAUGGUUGUGCCCAGGACUCUUUCUCAAAUUUCCAGGUCUACCCACAGGCUCAAAAGUUUGUUUAUCCCUAGUUUAGUGGAUAGGUCAUAGCUAAGUAGUAGAGCACCUGUUUUGUAUGCAGCCAGUCCCAGGUGGAGCUGGAAUUUUUUUCUAUCCUGUUUGCUACAUUUGUAGAGCCUCGUGUGGCACAGAGUGGUGAGCAGCAGUUACUGCAGCCGAAACUCUCCCCACGGCCUGAGUUCAAUCCCAGUGGAAGCUGGUUCUCAGGCAGCCGGGUCAGGUCGACUCAGCCUUCCAUCCUUCCGAGGUCGGUAAAAUGAGUACCCAGCUAGCUGGGGGAAAGGGAACAGCGACUGGGGAAGGCAAGGGCAAACCACCCCGCUACAAAGUCUGCCAAGAAAAAGUCAGCGAAAGCAGGCGUCCCUCUAGGAGUCAGCAAUGACUCAAGUGCUUGAACAACAGGUUUCUUUCCUUUCCUUGCUACAUUUGUAGGUCCAGCUUUGCAAUUACUAUGGUCAUGUAACCACCAAGCUAAUUUUCUUUUGUAAUUUUUCUUAAAUAAACAAUCCAUUUUGGUUUA